AUGCCAACUUACCCAGUGCUUCAAGAUGAGGCUCUCAUUCAAUCUGAUCCGAAAGUUGAGAUGAGAGUCUCUGUAUCCACAAGACCAUCGACUUUUCUUGAUCGUUUCAAGUCAUUCACCCCUGGUUUGAUGCUCCAAAUCUUCGCUCUCAUCAAGUUCGGAGCCGUCUUGUACAUUGCCACAAACCGUCAGUUCGACGAGAAGGAGAUUCCAAUCGUUGUCUUUGUAUUGGGUGUCAAUGCCUUCAUUCUCUUCUCAGCCACCUGUCAGGACUUCUGCACUUUAAUCCUCUCAUGGAUUGUUUCGAUGUCAGCAUUCGUCCUAUACAUUCUCCUCCUGGUUACUGUCCCAAUCUUUGUCACAAGCUUCUUUGCUUCCGAUGCAGCUCGCUCCGUCAGAAUCCCAGCUGAAUGGAAGAUUUUCCGGGAUAUCAUCAAUUAUCAAUCAGUUGAAGAGAGACGUUUCACCGAAGGAAUCAACUAUGGAAUGAGCGUCGAAUUCUUCCUUGCUAUCCUUGUUACCAUUACCGCAAUCCAAUUCAUCCUCAUCAAUGCCACAUUGAACGCAAAAGUUGAUGACUGGAAGCGCCAGAAGCAGAUCAGAGAGAAGAGAAACUCAGUCUACUUGAUCUAA